UCCUGCUCACAAUGGGGCCCGGUGUACCCCUCAGCGCGGCCCCCGAGCUCUUCUCUAGGGCUCCUCCGUCCUGCACCAUCCCGGGGCCGGGUCUCCUCUCGCUCUCCGCUCCGCGUGGCCAUGAACAGGAUCCGGAUUCACGUGUUACCCACGAGCCGAGGCCGCCUCACCCCCGUGCCACGGCCUCAGGAGCCCCUGGCCUGCUCCUUUGCCCCCCGGCCCUGCUCCCAGCCCCGCCUGGAAGGGCAGGAAUUCUGCAUCAAGCACAUCCUUGAGGACAGGAAUGCUCCCUUCAAACAGUGCAGCUAUGUGUCCACGAAGAACGGGAAGCGUUGUCCCAAUGCUGCUCCCAAACCUGAGAAGAAGGAUGGCACCUCGUUCUGCGCGGAGCACGCCCGGCGCAACGCGCUGGCGCUCCAGGCUCAGGUGAAGAAAUCCAACCCCGGGCCCGUGGGUGAGACCCUGCUGUGCCAGCUGAGCUCCUAUGCCCGGGCAGAGCUGGGCAGCCAGGGCGCCGAGAGCAGCCGCAGCGAGGCCAGCCGCAUCCUGGACGAGGACAGCUGGAGUGACUGUGAGCAGGACCCUGUCACCGUGGAGCAGACGUGGCGUGGGGACCCUGACAGCGACGCCGACAGCAUCGACAGCGACCAGGAGGAUCCCCUCAAGCAUGCUGGGGUGUACACGGCCGAGGAGGUGGCUCUGAUCAUGAGGGAGAAGCUGAUCCGCCUCCAGUCCCUCUACAUCGACCAGUUCAAGCGGCUCCAGCACCUGCUGAAGGAGAAGAAACGCCGGUUCCUGCACAGCAGGAAGGGAGAGCACGAGGCCAUCGGGAGCAGCCUCCUGACAGGGCCAGAGGGGCUGAUGGCCAAGGAGAGGGAGAACCUGAAGAGGCUCAAGUGCCUGCGGCGCUACCGGCAGCGCUACGGGGUGGAGGCUCUGCUGCACCGGCAGCUCCGCGAGCGCAGGGUCCUGGCCACUGAUGGCGCAGCCCAGCAGGCUCACACCACCCGCUCCAGCCAGCGCUGCUUGGCCUUUGUCGAUGAUGUCCGAUGCUCCAACCCGUCCCUGCCCAUGACCCGGCACUGCCUCACACAUAUCUGCCAGGAUACAAACCAGACGCUUUUCAAGCCGUGCCAGGGCUCUGAGGAAGUUCCCUGCAACAAGCCCGUGCCCGUGAGCCUGUCAGAGGAGCCGUGCUGCCCCCUGCACCUCCGGCUGCCCCCCCAGAUGUACGUGCCAGAGCAGGUCCUGGCAGUGCCCCAGGAGCUGGGGGCUGCUCCCACGGAUCUGUACCUGAGCGCGGCCGAGCUCCAGCCCACGGAGAGUUUGCCCCUGGAAUUCAGUGAUGACCUGGACGUGGUGGGUGAUGGGAUGCAGUGCCCCCCAUCCCCUCUGCUCUUUGACCCUUCUGUGACCCUCGAUCCAUCCCUGAGGGACAUGGCCGAGGCUCCCAUCGACAUCCUGGCCCUGGAGGAGCCCGACAGGGGCAGCUCCUCCACCCCCCUGGUCCCUCCAGCCGAGGGUCCUGCCCAGCAGUGUCACCUCCCGUUCCAGCCCCGGGAGGAGCAGCAGCCGCAGGAAACGGCCUCGUCCAGCCCGGCCCGGGGAGCAGCGGCCAACGGGAGCCUGGAGCCGGGGGCCGUGGGCUGAGCCCGGCAGCACCGGGGUCCCCACACCCGGGGGACCCUCAGCGUGGGACCUGGGGGGGCUGGAGUGCUGCUCCAGUGCCAGGAUGAGCUGCAGCUCCAGCUCUGCUGAUCCCAGGAGCCACAGGAACCCCUGGAACGCCAGGAUGGAGCUCCAGACCUCCCAUCCUCCGUGGGGAUGGAGUAGCCACAGGAGGCUGGGGGGGGAAAUCAUGAAAUUUUGGGGGUCUCUGCCAUGCCCUGAGGGGGUGAUGUGGCCCUGUGAUGUUUUGGGGGGACAGAGGUUCCAUCCCGUGGGUCCCCCCACAAUAAAGUGAUGGAGGUGGGUG